CGCACGCAACCCGUGGCCUUUACCUGAACCCUCCACAACGACACUGUCGCGAAAAGUUGAAGACUCGACAUCGAGUGCUCAAAUUGAUCACCUUGCAGCUGCCAGCAUCAACAGACGUCUUUAUACAGCUCGCAUAAGGUACUACAUCGCCCCGGGUCUGUUCAGCCUAUCAUGCCUGACAAGCGAAGAGCCCCUUACGUGUCGAACGACCGGUCCGUCGUGGACCUCACAAAGCUGGGGGCUACCCUCGGUUCGCAAGCCGGGCCUACGAUGCCUAACGGAUAUGUGAGCAAUCCGGUCUUGAAUACGGUCUCGGACUCAAUAGGAUCGCCCGUCGACGCAAGCAAGACGAACGGUUAUGCGCCUCAUACCGAAGGGAUCUAUACAUCGUCCGUCUACAACGGAGACAGCACGAAACGACCACAUCCUCAACCGCCGGUGUACGACCCUCGAAAUAAUCCAUACAGCUUACCAGAAGGUCAAACACGGCGGCGUGGCGGAUCGAUGUCCUCGGUCUCCGUCUCUUCACCACAGUUUCAGACUACGCUCUCAAAACUGCUCUCCUCACCCUUACCUUCCGCCUCCACCCUCAAGUUUAUCUUCCUAUGCACACUGUGGUACGGUACCUCGGCCGUUUCUUCCAACACGGGCAAGGUCAUCCUCAACAACUUUCGCUUCCCGGUGACCCUGACGAUCGUUCAAUUCUUCUUUGUGGCCGCUUAUUGCUGGGCGAUCACCGAAGGCCGUACAUGGGUCCCUCUAGGCAGGUACACCCGAGGCCUGAUGCGGAGGAUCUCGGGGUCGAGGUCGUUGACGCAGAGUCAGGGGGGAGGGUCGAGGUUAAGAUCGCCUAGCAAAGCGAUCUUGAGGAACACUUGGCCCAUGGCCGUCUUUCAGGUCGGGGGGCACAUCUUUUCGAGCAUGGCGAUCAGUCGGGUACCCGUCAGCACGGUGCAUACGAUCAAGGCCCUCUCGCCGCUUUUCACUGUGCUCGCAUAUGCGCUCCUUUUCAAGAUUUCCUAUUCGCCCGCGACCUACCUCUCUCUCCUACCCCUCACCCUCGGAGUCAUGCUCGCGUGCUCUUUUGACAUUUCGGCAUCCAACAUCCUCGGCCUCGUCUGCGCCUUUGGUUCGACCCUGGUAUUCGUUUCGCAAAACAUUGUCUUCAAGAAGCUAAUGCCUUCGACUGGCAGUGCGUCGGUACACGGACCGGCGAGCGGGACGAUCAACCCGUUGAGCACCGCUCAGACAAGUGCCAAGUUGGACAAGAUCAACCUGUUGUUCUAUUCAUCGGGAAUGGCAUUCUUGUCGAUGAUCCCUCUUUGGGCGUAUUCGGACAUGCCCACCCUGAUCGCCCUCUGGCUGGAUCCCGAUAGUGUUCACCUGCCCAUCAAAGUGAAUCGGGGCGCACCUCCCAGCGUCCCAUUCUACUUUUUCGUCAACGGCACGGUGCAUUUCGCGCAGAACCUGCUGGCGUUUGCGAUCUUGUCCUCGACAUCGCCCGUCACCUAUUCCAUCGCCUCGCUCGUCAAGCGUAUCGCCGUCAUCUGUCUCGCCAUCAUCUGGUUCAACCAAAAAGUACAUCCCGUCCAGGCGGCCGGGAUCGCGCUGACGGGCAUCGGGCUCUGGAUGUAUAACGCAGCCAAGCGGGACGUGGAAAAGGGAGAGAAGAAGGUCAGGCGAAUGGAAGCCGUCAAGGACGGCAUGUUGCCGCUCAACAUGGCCGAUCAGAAAUUGCUCGACGAGAGGAGCGAGACCAGUACGCCCGUCCCGGGGGACAAGGGGAUGUACGCUUCACCUGCGCCCUCAUACGGCUUUGGCGACUAUGCCAUGCUGCCAGUCUCGCAUUCAUCCGCCGUCAAAGGUGGAUAUCCCUUUGACGAUGGCAAGGUGAAGCGGGGUACUCAGCAAGGCUAUGUCGUUCCAUAUCCAUCAGUCUCGACGGCGCUACCAUCACCGCCCCCGUCAAACGCAUCCUCACCUCCUUUCCAUGCGACAACCAACAUACCUCCAUAUGAUGAUACAACCAGCUUCAACGGCUUUAAUGGAGCGCGAAGGAGGAUGUCGAUUGAACCGCACUCAAAACUCGGGGUUACUCCGACACGGCACGUUCAUGACGAUUCGCGUCGCAUCGGACGAGGUGUAGACGAGAAGGAAGAGAUUCUCGUGGACUUUGAGCCUCGCAAGGGCUCGGGCACUGUAGCGCCGACGGGAGCUUAAUCUCUUUCGAGACGAGAUCUUCUCACUGCGGAAUCAUGGACUGGACAUUCUUGCAUCCCGCCUCGAGUGC